CUCCGCCAUGAGGACUACACGAUCGCCUGCAUCUGCCCCAUGGGCGUAGACCGGGCACUUAUCGAAGCCAUGCUCGACGAUAUCCACUGCAGUCUACCCAUGCCACACCACAUCGGCAAUUACGCAUUGGGCCGCAUGGGCCAGCAUAAAGUGGCCAUCGCCCGCCUCUCCAAAGCGGGAAACAACAGCGCAGCGUCAGGCGCCGUGCAACUCCUCAACGACUUCCCACGCCUUCAAUUGAUCAUUCUGACAGGGAUCGGAAGCGGGAUCCCCGAUCUGACCAGACACGUAGACAUCCGACUGGGCGACGUGGUCGUCAGCAAGCCCACAGGAGUGUUGUCGGGAGUGGUCCAAUUCGACCGGGGCAAGAUCCUCGCCGGGGACCGCUUUGAGCGAACUGGGGCGUUGCAUCUCCCCCCGAACGGGUUGCUGGCCACCGUGGUAAGGCUGGAGGCACGGCACCGGCGCGUGGAGAGCGAGAUGCCGCGGUACCUCGAGGGGAUGCUGCGUAAGGUCCCUCAGGAGCAUCGAGCGAAGUACUUCUUUCCGGGAGCGGACGAUGAUCGUCUUUUCAGGACUGAGGCGAGCCAUGCACUUGGAGGCGGAUGCGGAGGCUGCGAUCCAGCGGGAAUCGUGGUACGACCCGGCCGCGAAGAUACCAGCCCAGUGGUGCAUUACGGGACGAUCGGGUCAGCGGAUGUUGCGGUCGAGGAUGGUCAGUUGAGGGAUCAGUUGCGAGAUGACCUGGGGAUACUGGGUGUCAAUAUCGAGGCUGCCGGGGUGGCGGGCAUGGUUUCCUGUCUUGUGAUCCACGGGGUGUGUGACUACGCGGACUCGCACAAGAACAAACGGUGGCAACCCUAUGCGGCUGCCACAGCAGCUGCGUAUAUGAAGGAGUUGGUGUCUGUGAUUCCGGUCUCUGAGACAAAGUCGGUGGAGACGGAA